CUGGUCUACAGCCUUGGAACGCGCUAGAUAUGUCCUGGUCCGUGCGCCUUGCAAACAUAUUGUGAUGAAGGUAGGAACACAGGGCGUUACUAGGGCAGAGCAUGACCUGACCCACGGUCGAGCCUCCAGGGCUCUUUCACGCCUUCGUCACCCCGCUCGCUCUCCACUACCUCCAAUGUUAGUGGUAUCAAAGAAUGACAGCGAAGGCAUGGUAGCCACUACGCCUGCGCCACGUCGAAGGAGCAGCUUUCCCCGCAGCUAUGGAGGAUGACCACCACGAACAUCAAAGAAGCAUGUCGCUCGUACCUUUUGCGCCAGCCGAGGCGCGCCAGGUAGUUAGCCGUCAUGGAUCUGCCGUUGUCGUCUUCGAUGAGGACUCGAAACAGCUGUCGCUACGCCACACCUCAACUGCCGUCGACGCCACCUCAUGUCCGUAUUGUAACCGGCCCUACAGAGAACCUUCGCCUCAGGAGCAGGAUGGACAAGAUGAGCACGAUCACCUAGAUCCAGAUGCCGGAUAUGUCAGUUCGUCAUACUUUCAGAUGCUCAGCCGGAGCCGGGCCAGCUCUACAGCUGGUUCCCGUCCACCCUCACCGCACAAGCAACUCGCGCCAGCUACCCUACAAGGUGCAGGAGAUGACUAUGGGAGCGGCUCCAGCGCAGACUCAACCGGAUCACCCCGGCAUCAUGGGAUAUCUGCCAGAGCUUUUAGUCCAAACUAUUUCAAGACGUUCUUUGUUGAGGAACGUGAACUAGGAAGAGGAGGGAAGGGCGUCGUGCUUUUGGUCCGCCAUGUAUUGGAUGGAGUAAACCUCGGCCGAUUCGCCUGCAAACGUGUUCCGGUCGGAGACGAUCACGAAUGGUUGGAGAAAGUCUUGAUUGAAGUGCAGCUCCUCCAAAAUCUCUCUCACGAGAACCUCGUUUCCUAUCGACAUGUAUGGCUGGAGGAUUAUAAAAUCACGAACUUUGGUCCCAGCGUCCCAUGUGCCUUUAUCCUCCAGCAGUAUUGUAACGGAGGAGAUUUGCAGGACUACGUACUGGAAGGGAUGAAGACGACUGUCACAACAGAACAGCUCAAAGAACGCAUGCGUCGGCGAUCCAAAGGCCAACUGGAGGACCCCAGUGGGCUUAGUGGGCCCCGCCGUAUGCCUUUCGACGAGAUCAUAAGCUUCUUCAAGGACAUCACGUCAGGCUUGAACUUCCUGCACGCCAAUGGGUAUGUGCACCGGGAUCUGAAACCGAACAAUUGCCUCCUCCAUCGGACGGGCCGAAACGUGCGGGUACUGGUGAGUGACUUUGGAGAGAUGCAAGCUGCGAAUGUCACACGCAAGUCAACCGGGGCGACAGGAACAAUAUCGUAUUGCGCACCCGAGGUCUUGCGACCAGUGGCCCCAGGAGGUCCCCUAGGGAAUUUCACCACCAAGUCAGAUAUCUUCUCUCUGGGCAUGAUUGUGUACUUCAUGUGUUUUGCGCGUUUGCCGUAUACCCACGCGGAUGGUAUCGACGAAGAUAAGGAGGACAUUGAUCAGCUCCGGGCGGAAAUAUCGAGCUGGCAAGGCUUCGACGACGCUCGGCGUGCGCGAUCCGAUUUGCCCGAGAAGUUAUACCAGUCUCUCAAACGUCUUCUAGCUCUUAAGCCGAGAGAUCGUCCGGGAACAGAGGAGAUACUGCGUGCUCUCAAAUCACCGUCGGCGCUAGACGAAUUUUCCCAGUUCAGUGGACCAUCCGGGUUAGAUGACAUUGGAUCACGGAUAUUGCCAGCCGACACACCGUCUCCGUCGCCCCAGGGCCAUAGACAGAAAACCUCGAUCAACUACACGAAGCCCGGCCGGUCAAAACUGGGCACCUCUGCACUUGAACGGUCACCGAGCCCUUCGAAUCAACAAGCCAUAGCAAAAUCGCCCAUGGAAGAAGAAUCAAUCGUGCUUAGGCCAAGGAAGAUUGAUCUUCCUCCGCCGCGGGAAUCCUCAGUCUCUCCUGAUCCUUCCCCGCGACUGUUGCUUCCCCCGCCUGAUGAAACCAUGACUCCUGGGUAUCAUCAACUCAGUCACAGCCUGCCGUUUCUUGCUGCUGUCAAAAUAGCUUUCUUCCUUAUGAAGGUGUAUACCUUGUUGACACCUUGUCAGCCCUACAUCCCAGCCCCUCGGGUCACCUACCCACUGCUCCUUCUAGCAUCUCUUGACUUCCUAUCUGGCGGGUACAAUCGCACAACUCGAAAUGGUGUCUCCCAAGGAUUGGGAAGGUCCAUGCUGCUCUUGUUGGUACAUACGCUUGUAGUUGGGACGUUGCUGCGGUGGGAUGGGCUUUGUUCGAGGAGAAGAGUGACUUGGGAAGAGUUAUCAUGAUGGACCGAUGAUGGCAGAAGUUGUGCGGCUAUGAGAUAUAAUGUAUGAACACUUUCC